GGGGGGUGACAGGAUGGAUGGAUGAGGUUUAUAAAUCUCACGCCAUCGCUCGUUCUCUCUCAGUUCGCGACGACUCUGCGAGUUUCUCCCGGCCGCGAUACCACCUGAACGCGAAUGCGGUUCGGGUCUCGAAUCGCUCAUCUCCACUCUCACCUGUUCCUCCCUUUCCCGCUCUCUCCGCCUUCGUGCCCUCACUGCAAGCUUUCCCAUUCCGCCGCCGCCGCCGCCGCCGCCGCCUCGAAGGACUGCCAGUUAAAAAACGAAAGCAAUGAGUUCUUGUCAUGGUUGCAGAAAAAGGCGGGUGUUGAGAUAUCCUCCAUGCUAUCAAUUGGAAAUUCUGUCUAUGGCAGAUCAUUGUUUGCAUCAAAAUGCAUUCAAGCUGGGGACUGUAUUUUGAAGGUUCCUUACAAUGUUCAAAUGACUUCAGAUAAAUUCCCUUCAGACAUUGAGCCGUUUCUUGUUCAUGAUGUUGGAAAUAUAUCACGACUUGCUGCAGUUCUUCUAGCAGAGCGGAAACUGGGUCAGAAUUCUGGAUGGGCGACAUAUAUUAAUUGUCUUCCUCAAAUGGAUGAGAUGCAUAACACGAUAUUCUGGAGUAAAGAUGAACUGGAGAUGAUUCGUCCAAGCCCAGUGUAUCAAGAAACCUUCGACCAAAAGGCUUACAUCAUGAAGGAAUUUUCAGCACUUCGACCAGCUCUGGAACAUUUUCCCCAGACCUUUGGUGAUGUCCACUUGGAGGACUUCAUGCAUGCAUAUGCUUUGGUUACAUCUCGAGCAUGGGCAACCUCGAAGGGCAUAUCUUUGAUUCCAUUUGCAGAUUUUCUCAAUCAUGAUGGCACUUCUGAUGCAAUUUUACUCAGCGAUGAAGAUAAAAAAAUAUCUGAGGUUAUUGCUGAUCAAAAUUAUGAUAUUGGCGAACAGGUAAUGAUUAGAUAUGGGAAGUUCUCUAAUGCUACACUCUUGCUGGACUUUGGUUUUACUCUUCCAUAUAACACUUAUGAUCAGGUACAGAUUUUGAUGGAUGCACCAUUCCAUGACUCUUUGUAUCAAAUUAAAUCGGAACUUCUGCAAAACCAUUGCUUGCCAAGGAUCGUGGAUGCUAGUGGUUUCAAUGGUUCAAAGAGUUCCUUUGUUAUCAAGGAGGUUAAGUCUGCAAGUGGAAAGGGAAAAGGCAUCCCCCAGGCUCUCCGUGCAUAUUGUCGGGUUUUAUCUGCUACUUCACUUGAAGAACUGAAAGCUUUGACUGUUGAGGCUGCUGAAGAUGAUGGCAGAUUGGCACGACGCACUUUAACCGACAGGGAUAGAGAGAUUCAGGCUCAUCACAUGCUGCUUUCACUAUUUAUCCCCAUGAUUCGGGAUUAUGAUUCUGCUCUCAAGGUGCUUGAGUCUUUGAAUAAUGCUAGGGUUGGUAACCAACUUUCCAUUAGAAGACAAAUGGCAAAAGAUCUCCUCAAGGGCGAGCUUCGAGUUCUGCAGUCUGCAUGUGCCUGGCUGACCAAUUACUGUGCAAAUAUAUCAGCAUCCAGUGAAAACGCACGCUAGAACGGGAACCGUUUGAUAAUUCACUGCUUUAGGAUUCACAAUCUGUUGUAUUCUGUGAAGUAUCUUCUAUAUAAUCAUCAGGCAUCAAAAGUUGUUAUUUAUAACCUAUUAACUUACCAAUUUUAUAUGUGCAUUUGUUCUUUGAUUACCCAUGCAGUAAAAUGGUACCGGAGAUCUUACAAAGUGA